AUGGCAGACACGAACGGGGAUGCAUCGCAUGUAAAAGGAGGCAGAGAAAGCUCUCUACAUCUCGGGAAGCGCAAGCGCUCGUCCUCGCCGGAGAAGAGAGUGCAGGUCAACGGUCAGGGUGCCUCAGGCUUGCAGAACUCGCUGAUCACGGUGCUCGAGCAAACACAAAAAUCAGAUAUGCUCACGGCCUUUUUACGUUCUCCCAUACCUACUGGAUCGACUCAGAAGCCUAAUGCGAAACGUGCACGCCUCAGCUCUACCGAGUCCGAGCCUGACACCAUUGAACAUCGUAUUCUUUCUGGUAUCUAUCAGUCCAAAGAGGGUAUCUUGGAAGAUGUCGAGCUUGUCCGCAAUGCUGAGCCUCAGGCUUUGCAGAAUGGCACCGUCAACGGUGACCUACUCGAGAGGCCUCCGAGCGCCUCGGAUGAUGUCGCUCACCAGCUGAUCCAACUCUUAUCAUCGUCCCAGGCCAUCACGUCUCCCAGGAGGUCUGUGGAACCCUCUAUACCUAGCCGCCAUGCAGGCCAAAUUAUCAUGCUACGCAGUGCAACCGAGAAGGGUGUGUCCAUGCUCUAUUCCGGCCUACAAUCAGACAGCGCCGAAGAAAAGGAUCUGACCAAAGAUGGUCGGCGACUCCCAAAUGGAUUUGAUCUUGCCGAGCCGGCAACUAUGGACGCCAAUGUCCUUGCUCCGUCCAAGCAGAUUCGCAACUUCGGGGACGUAUUUGGGCCCCAUCGGAACACGAAGGCUUUAGAGAUGCCCCGAUCUCGCCCCACCUUCAGAAGCAAUACUCUGAGCUUUAGCUCCCACCAGGUUCCCAAUCGACCAGCACCUGUCAAUCGACCAGAUUACAAACACCAGCAGCUUCAAACAGACUCAUGGCUGACAUAUGCUGGGGUGCAUAAACUGGGCGAUGACGAUCCGAGCCGGCGUUACAGAGACAAGAAUGCUGUAGCCCACGACUUUCGAGCUGCAUUAAUCGCCAACGACGUCACUGUCAAUCAGUCUGACGAGACUCUGGGUCUUUUCAAGAAGGCAUUCUCUUCGUUUGCGCCUACAUCGGAUAGUACAACAUCGUUAAUUUCCGCCCAUGAUCGACAGCGUGAAUGGUGGCGCAAGCAUGGAACUCCACGGAUUCGCAAAAUCUUCAGCUCGAAAUACCCCGACCCUGAAGAGGCUGAUACCGUUGUGCCCAGUGAGCAAGGAGAGGGUGAUGAGUUCGCAGGAGUUAUCGACUACGUUCCAACUGAGGCCGAAGAAGCAUUGCCCGACGAGGUCUACCCCGAAAGCAUUGAUGAGGUCUUGGAUGAGAUUUCUCAACUACUGGAGACGGUGCAUUCUUACCAGAGGAUGCGAUCUUUGGAGAGUCGGCCAUCUGCCGACGCCACAAAACCGUCUACGGGUGAAUUCGACACGUACGAGUUGCUCCGAUCUCAGCUAGCUAUUCUGAUCGCCUCGGUUCCUCCAUUUGCUGUUUCGAAGCUAGACGGCGAUAAGCUCUCCGAUCUCAACAUUUCGACCAAUGUUAUGGUCAAUUCCGUUGACUAUCGUGGAACAAUGCAGCCAGACGACUUUACACUGUCGAAAUAUCGGACAGCACACCAAUCUGCUGCCACGCGCAUGCCACAGGUUGCAACUCCAAAUGCUCGAACACCAUAUCCUGCGCAAAAUAACGUAACGCGCUAUGGGGCGAACUUGCAAAGCUAUGCACACAACCUGGGUCUGCAAGCUCAAUACGCUCAGCGCCAGGCUCAGCAAUAUUCAACCCCUCAAAACAUCCAGCGUAACUACCAGACAUAUCAACAAGCUGGUAGCUAUUCCGCCCAGCCAAACUUGCAGCAGUUUCAGCGACCGGGGGUGAACGGCUUUGGUGGAUGGUCCAAUGCCAAUAGUACGCCACAGACCAGCUUUGCACAAUCGCCCUCGCAGCCGGGCUAUCAGCAACGAGCGCAGCAGCAGCCGGCAGUGUUUGGUGGCCAGUCCCCCUCCAGACCGAUGGCCAACGGGCAAAUAACAUACCAGAACACACCGUACCAACGGCCGCAAGUUGCCACGCAGCAGAAUUUUUCGCCCGUGCCGCAGCAGACUAUGCAGACAGGGGUCACCAAUGGUGGUCAGUAG